AACCCUGGACGCAUGGGAACCCUUCUCCGAUGGCGACGGCAACGGCAACGCCUCCUUCGUCCAAUUUCACAAUUCCCCUUCAGUGGACGGGCCUGCGGAUAAACCCCUUCACUUCCUCUCCUUCGCCCUCCUCUUCUUCCUUUUCCCUCCCCAGAGCUCGGAGUUUCCCUUCAACCGUAUCUCCUAUCUGCGUCUACUCUCACCAAUUCCAACCCCAAUCCCAACUUCCUCUUCUCCUCCCCCGCCGCCCCGUCCCAAUAACCCUCGUCUCCGCCGGACGCAGCAAGAAGAAGCCUGGAGGGUCCUCUUCCGGUCGCAUCGAAGGCAGCGGUGAGGUGCGUCGGCAAGCCAAGGAACGUGCUCGCGUCCGCAGCCGCCGCCUCGCGGAGAACCGUUUCUACCGCCGCAAGCGUCAGGCCGCAAACCAGGCGGAUAAUUUCACCGAUGACGAGCUUCAGGCUAUCGGCCUCGGCUACGACCGCGCCGUCCGCUUCUUGUCCAAGGACGACCCUCUCCUCCGCCACCCAUACGAUUGGUACAAGUAUGGCCGUUACGGUCCCUACUCAUGGCGCGGUAUCGUGGUCGGCCCGCCAAUCCGCGGGCGAUUCUCUGACGACCGCGUGACCCUCAUCAACGAUGUCCGCACACACGAGGAAUGGGACGAGAUCGACCAGUUCGAAAUGUCCAAGGACUACUGCAGCCGCCUCAAUCCCUCCGCCGGGCUGAGAUACUACUGGGUCUUCGUGCGGCACCCCAAGUGGCGGCCGACAGAGCUCCCCUGGCAGCAGUGGACGCUGGUGGCGGAGGUAGCGAUGGAGGCUGGAAACCAACGGCUGGACAAAUGGAGCCUCAUGGGCCGGCUCGGCAACCGGGUGCGCUCGACAAUCACCCAGUGCGCGGCCUGGAUGCGACCGGACAUCAUCUACGUGAAGCGCCCGGUGUACCAGUGCCGGUUCGAGCCGCAAGAUGAAUUCUUCAAGAUGUUGGGGCCGCUUCUCGACCCGAGCAUAGAAAGCCAGUACCCUUGCGAGUUGCAGCACGAGGACGGCCGGGUCGAGGUGUGCACGUACUUCGCUGGGCUCUGCAAGAUCGUGAAGUGCAACCCCAAGGCAUACGUCGACGACGUGGUGAAGGCAUAUCAGAAACUGAGCGAGGACGGGAAGUCCCGGUGCCUGGAAUUCUUGCUGAGCAACCACCCCAUGGAACUGCUCCAUCCCUACACCAAGGAGUGGAAGGCGAAGCUAGAGGAAAUGGAGUUGGGAUGUGACGCGCCGGACGACAGUGAGGACGAGGCAGAUGACGAUAGUGAUGGAAAUGACGAAUCACAAAUCAUGGAUUGGACCGAGGAAGGUGAAAGUGAUCGAGAUGAGGAAGAGGAGAACGAGGAUGAAGAGGUGAUUGAUGUUGGCGAUGAGGAUGAUGAGGAAACCGAAACCAAUCCGGAAGAGACGAAAGAGUAUUGGGAUGCGCUGUGGAGGAAAACCGCUAAGAGCUCAAACGAUAUGGAAAAGUUAGUGAAGAGGAGCAUCGAAUUGUCGAACAAGCAUUACAAGGAGCAGAUGCUCCAAGAAAAUAAGAGGAAGGAAACGAAUAGUGCGAACAAUGAGAAUGCUGUAGAUGUGGAUCUGGAGGAUGAGGACAUGGAAGAAUGGUUCGAGGAAGAGCGGAACAAUGCAGGUCAUUCCACAAAGAGGAAGGUGAAAAAGCGAAAGAUACCGCCAGAGUUGUUUUUGAGAGCUUCGGUGAGGCACUUCACGUAUCGAAAUCUUGUCAAAGAGAUAGUCCUGAUGCGGCACGCCAUUAUCGAUGGAGAUGUUAUCGUGAGCUGAUGAACCUGCGAAUCCUUGUGAGUUGUGAUGUGGGAAUGGAACAGCUUGGCGGUAGUGUUCCUACAUUUUCCCCAUUGAUGUCGGUUUCUACUUUUUCCUAGUGUGGUAAAACUAAGAUGUCUUAUGAUUAAAGGGUUUCAUUAACUUUUAAUGCA